AUGGCUCUACGAGCAUUGCUCGUUCUCUUGACGCCGACUUGUUCUUUGUGGUCUCCAAUUUACGUCUCCGUCGCUCGUCGUGCGACCUCUUCGCAAAAGCGUGUUAUCGACCUGCCGCUGCGUGUUCUGCUGGAGGACCUUAUUUCUGGCGCUGUGGAAUUCAGGGAUAUCCGACUUGACCUGCCCGACCUCCUAUCGGGGACCUUGUGUCUCGACUCUUGGACUGUGCGCCUGGUCGUUGAGUGGUCCUGGUGGGGAGAGAUUUUGAAAUGGACGCUCGCGUCUCAGGCGACUGCUUACGAUCAUUCAUUCAAUGGCGGCGAAAUGUUUGAUCCAGAUGAAUUGAAGGAGCGUUUGGUGCUGGUGCACAAGCCGAAGACAUCCAGUAGCUUCCACGACUUUUUCGUCACCAAUUAUCAAACAGUGCCUCCCCCGCCAACUUUGCUGUCGCGGUCGUACGCUCUCGCCGACUGGAAAACCAUAUGCCUCGACAGCGUGCCCUACUCUCAUCUGGAAUGCUUUGUGCGGAAAUUCAAAAAGUCCCUGCGAUCUGGGACGCAUUUGACAAUCAACUUCACUACGUGCGCCUCCUCGACGUCUCUGUCAAGUCCCUUGUUUGUCUUGGCGGUGCUUCCGUUUCUCCCUCGUCGUCAUAUCCAUCGCAACCGUCCAGGCGUACAAGCGGACGCAGCGACUAAAGCUGUCUUUGUUACCGAUCGGACGGCACGAUCUACCGCUUCUAGCACGGCUCCUGCAACGUUGUUCACUUCUGUUCCGCAAAUUCUGCAGCUGCUCAUUUCCGGUCCCGACACUCUCACCGUCGACCGUCUCAUGAAUGUCUCCGAGGCUCGUGCAACAUUCCUCAAUGCUUACGUGCAAGACCUGGAAAUCGAUCCGCUCGUCCGUGACGACUUCGUCCGGACAUGGGGGAUGGAGGCGUGGAGGGAGGAGAGGCUACUUACUGCAUGGGAAUCCGCAGCUUUGACUGCCAAGCUCUUGGAACACUGGUCGAUAGUCGUACACAAAAGAUGA